AUGACACAAUCAAACCCGAAUGAACAAAAUGUUGAAUUGAAUCGUACCAGCCUCUAUUGGGGGUUGUUACUUAUUUUUGUACUUGCUGUUCUAUUCUCUAAUUACUUUUUCAAUUAG